AUGGCCGCCGUAACUGCCGGUGCUGCUGCUCCGUCCUGCAGUCCGUUGGCUCCGACGGAGCUCGAGCGCGAGCACGUGCACAAGGUGUACGACCUCAUUGCGCCGCAUUUCAGCCACACGCGACACCAUCCGUGGCCCCAAGUGACCCAAUUCCUCGAGCAAUUGGAGCCUGGUGCACUCGUGGCUGACGUGGGCUGUGGCAAUGGCAAAUACCUGCGGGUGAACCCCUCGCUGUGCAUGAUCGGAGCCGAUCGCAGCAUCCCAUUGAUGCAAACUGCAGCGUCGAGUGACUGCAACUUGCUGGGUUGUGAUGCACUCAAGGUCCCGCUGAGGUCGGGGGCAUUCGAUGCGGCGUUGUCCAUUGCAGUGAUGCAUCAUAUUUCCACGGAGGAACGACGUGUUGCACUUAUCAGUGAACUGGCGCGGUUGGUUCGAGUUGGUGGCGAGGUGUUGAUCGUCGCCUGGGCCUUUGAGCAGGAUGAGCGUUCGAAGCGGCGUUUCGAGAAGCAGGACGUCAUGGUGGAGUGGAAACUGCAGCAAAAGUACGCUCAGGAAAAGGGGAGCGAGGAAGAGGUCGAUGGCGGUGCAGGGUCCCAUGGACGCGCUGAUCGUGAAAAGCGGUGGGUGGUCUACGAGCGAUACUGCCACGUGUAUCGCAAGGGAGACCUGGAGGCAUUGGUGGCGCAGGUCCCUGGUCUUGAAGUGGUGUCUGUCGAGUACAGUCGGUCGAAUUGGUGUCUCCGUCUUGCACGUGUUGCAGCUUAG